AUGUCCUCUACCGCAAGUCCCACACCCCAGUUCUCCUCAAGUCGGCUGUCGGGAUGGCAGACGUCUACGUCACUGCCUUUCUACUCCAGCAACAACAACAAUAAUGGCUCGUCCUUCGUGGGUAAUACCCCUUCCACCGUGUUGUUCUUCUUGGCCAUGUCAGUUGGAGUGGGCAUCGCUUUCCUAUUCAUCUUCUUUACUAUUAGAUACUUUGUGCGUUCCCGCUAUGGUCUCCACGUUUAUCCGGUAUCAAAUAGAGGCAUGAUGUUCUCAGCGACUUUCAGAGAUAAUGCUGUCAUUACUUAUUCACCAUCUAACCGUGAACUUCAGGAGCACUUGGACUACCUACGAACCCACCACUUCUUGCGAGACGAGUUCUUAGAACGCCGCAUCUUGUCGAGCCAGGCUAGACGCAGAAGACGUAGAAGAAGAGGGCGCUAUGCCAAAAUGAAGAAACUUACCGCCGAAGAGGUCGAAAAACUCUUCCCGAAGAAACUGUAUGCUGAAUGGUUACAUGAGGGAGACUCGGCCAGCGUAGACGCUCUGCUGAUCCAAGUUGACGUCGUGGACCACGAUGAGUCAGUUCCUGCCGUUUUGGUUCCUGUCAAGCUGUCAUCGAAUACCAUUCAAGAGGAUUCUAAUGAGUUUGCUGUGGUUGAAAUGCACGAGAUGCACGAUUUACGAGCAAGAACACUUUCUGAUGCGACAGAGGAUGCUAUGUCGCUGGCUGUGCUGCUGGGCGGCAAGGGUGAACUCCAUUUCGACUCUGGCUCGUGUGCCAUCUGUUUGGAAUCUUUUGAAGAUGAUGAUAUUGUCAGAGGUCUCGUUUGUGGCCACGUUUUCCAUGCUGAGUGUGUGGACCCAUGGUUGACUCGUAGAAGAGCAUGUUGCCCUAUCUGUAAGCGUGACUACUACAAGGAGGAAUCUAGCGCGGAUGGAUCUGGUGUCAGAGAGGGUAGUGAUAAUGAGGAGGGAGAUAGAGAUGUUCCUACUACUAAUGAAAAUUCAGCCACCAACGCGGACGGAGAGCCAAAUCCGGAUUCCAACGCGGAUGGAAAUAGUACUGGUAAUGGCAACCCUGAAGGUGAAAACACAACCAGACAUGCUUCCGACGCUCCCGUAUCUACUACUAACGCUACGAACACAGAUGGAAACACGAACGAUACACCUGCGGACGGCAGCGCCAACUCUGUUACGCGAACCAACACUUAUCGCCAAAACGACGAGGACUCGAUCAACUAUGAUGCACUCAGAAACGAUCCAAACCUCCAGGCACUUCUUGUGGAGCUUAUCCCACUUGGGGAGCGUGUCAGAGUGAUUCUUGAUGAGCACCCUGAACUCAAUUUGGAAACUCGUGGCCGUGAGGUCGCCGAUGAAAAGUUUAAGUCGUUCUGGAAGAGAGUAUUCUGGAGGUUAAUGGGAAUUCUGAAAGAUGACGUGUUCAACUGGGCUGUGAUACAAAUCUAUCAGACGGAAUACACCAACGAAGAUUCGGAAACCCCACAGGCCAACGAGUCUACCCUGGCCGAAUCUCCAGGAGAGUCAUCAGGCGAAACCCAGCAAACGGCGCAAGUGGCAUCAACUGCUGGCGACACAGAAUCAACACGAGCUGGCUACCAAGUGGCCUCCAACAUGCAUUCGAGGGAAAACAUUGUGCCUUCCCCACAAGUAACGCAGAGUGAUAUUGACUCUUCAUCGAAUUCUCACUCACCAAGCAUCUACCACAAUGCGUCGCAGAUGAGCGAGGUGGAUGUCUCUGAUGCAGCCAGAAGAGACAUUGUUGCAAGACAAGUAUAA